AACAGUGCGACCACUUCCUGUCUUGAGAGACCUUUCGUCUUCGUAUCCCUGUGGCGGCAAGUUUGACGAAUAAUCAUUACUAUUUUUAUUUUUGCGGUCCUCGGAAGCCAAACGGGCUUACAUUAGGUCAUUCAUGUUCCUUAGACGGAUUGUUGCGUGGCCUAAACGGUAUUUUUCCUCAAAAAGCCCGACCCCUGCUGUCCAAGCAACAACACCGCUGAACAAACACAAGAGGAGAAGACACAAGAAGCCGCCCGUGGAUGAUAAUCUAUCCUGGGAGGAAAAGGUUGCCUCUGUGGUCACCCCAUUAUGGAAGCUAAGUUAUGACGAGCAGCUUGAACUCAAGCAACAACAGCAAGAGAAGAUACUGGCAGAACUUUCUAAAUAUCUUCAUUCCCAAACUACUUCCGGUGAGCUCACCUUCCCCGUCCUGCCUAUACUGCCAUCUCCAGUUCGGGACGGGUACCGCAACAAGUCAACCUUCUCUGUCAACAACGGGGUGGAUGGAAAUCCAAAGACGGUUGGAUUUUAUGUCGGCAGAGCCAGGGAUGGGAACAUCGUCUGCGUCAAUGGAGACCACCUGCUCAACAUGCCCGAAAAGCACAAGCAGGUCGCCAGAUGUUACCAGGAGUUCAUCCGACGGUCCCCCUUGGAGCCCUGCCUCCUCUUCCACGCGGGGGGUCACUGGCGGGAGGUCACGGUGAGGACCAACGCGGCGGGCCACGCCAUGGCCGUCGUCUACUUCCACCCGCAGGCGCUCACGCCGGAGCAAGUCGCGCUCCACAAGGCCGAGUUGGUGGAAUUCUUCACGAGAGGCGAGGGUGCCGUCUGUCGGCUGGACUCGCUUUUCUUCCAAGAGAGUGCCAUGACCCGGUGCACGCACGAGGACUCGCCUUACCAGCUCCUGUACGGUCCGACGCACAUCCACGAAGAGGUGCUGGGCUUUCGCUUCCGCAUCUCGCCGGACGCCUUCUUCCAGGUGAACCAGGCCGCCGCUCAUGUGCUCUACAGCACGGUGAGACACCUGUGUGUCCCCGGUUCUGAGGACAGAGGAGGGACGCUCCUUGACGUGUGCUGCGGCACAGGCGCCAUGGGCAUCACGGCGUCCCCCAAAGUGGAGCGACUGGUCGGCGUGGAGCUCAUAGAGCAGGCCGUGGAAGACGCCAGACACAACGCGGCCAUCAAUAACCUCGACAAGUGUGAGUUCAUCCCCGGUAAGGCAGAAGUCGUCCUCCCCGGCCUCGUGCCCCGCCUGAGCUCCGUGGAGGGGGGGCGUCUCACCGCCGUGGUGAACCCGUCCCGCGCCGGCCUGCAUUACAGAGUGAUCAGGGCCUUGCGAAACCAUUCUGCAAUCCGCCGUCUGGUCUACGUGUCUUGUAAACCAGACGGCGAGGCAAUGAGGAACUUCAGGGAGCUUUGCUGCACGCCUGACCCAAAGAGGAAACUCACUGGGGAGGCUUUUGCCCCGAGUGUGGCGGUGCCUGUAGACAUGUUUCCACAUACAGAGCACUGUGAGCUGGUGAUUCUUUUUGAGAGGUAGCCAGUUGCAUUUUUUUUUUGUCAUCAAAGGACCAUGCCUUAGAGUGGGAACAGAAACGCUCCCAGUCUGUGGAACGCUCUCCCUGGCCACCUCAGGGCACCGCAGACUGUGGAUGCGUUGAAAAAACUUAAAAACCCUUCUUUUUAAAAUAGCCUUUUUUUUUUUUUUUUUUUUUUUAGUUAUAUACAUACUAGUUCUAUCUAUUAGGCUGUUCUAGUUUUUAUUUUCAUGAGCUUUUUAUUUGUAUUAUUUUGAAUACACUGUAGCACUUUGAGGUUGUUUAUUCAAUGUAAAGUGCUUUUUACAAAGAAAAUCUAUUAUUAUUACUAGAAACGGACCUUCCCCAAACUGUUUUGGAAAUAAUAUAAAUGUGAACAAUAUAUCUUUUUUGUAAGAUGAAUGGUUCACUUUAGAGCUGCUGUAACCACUUUUGUCCACUGGACAGCAGCAUUUAACCAGCGGCCUUUUUCAUGUAAGCCAUUCAUUUCAACUCACUAAAUGCCUUGGUGGCAGUGUUGUUUUUGUAAA